AUGUUAGGGUUCUCAAAACGACAGAGGGAGCCAGAUGAGCUGACGGGUGAUGAUGAAACUGGGCUCAGGGGGAACAAGAAACCGCGCCCUCUACCCUUGCGCACCUCGCCAGAUAAUCACCGAGGACUCUCCUAUACCGUAGCUUGCCAGACGUCCACUCGCCUUAGUCUACCUACUUUAACUCCUGCCGAGUCGUCAGAUGAUGAUGAUGAUGGCAUCACUCGGACACUACGCCAUCCUACAACGGCAGCCGUGAACGCCUCGAGUUGUGUUUCGCCAACCUUCGACUCCUCCAUCCCGAUAUUCAGCACGAAGAUGGACGUUGACAGCGGAGGGGACACCCAUAACCUGACUAGCAAUGAGAAUCCGCACGACUGGCCAGGCAGCACACCUCGCAAUGGAAGCAUUCAACCAUCACCAAUCCCACACAAUCUUGUCAACCAGUUCCUCAACAUCAGCGAACAAUCAAAAGUAUUCACGACAUCCGAACAUAAUUCAACAAGAAAUCCAUCUGCGUCAGUGAUGGACCAGGCCUUCGUGGAGUCUACAAAUAAGAUCGGUCAUCAUGAAAAGGUGUCUACCGAGAGGAGUCAAGAAACUUUUUGGUCCACUCAGCGUCUCCCAAGUCCGAUCAGCGAGGAUGAGAAUGUGGUUUCUCGUGGCAAAUGCACUAUGAGUGAUGCUGAGAUGGCAAGCGGUGCAUCUCGAUCGACAUCCCCGGCGCUCCCCCCAUAUCAACGAGACCCGUCGCAGUGGUUCGGCACGACUGAAUCACAACAACAAGCCACGCAACCCGGCUAUCCAAGUGUACCCUAUAUGAACAAGAAGAAGGUGUCCAUUUCCAUGGGAUUUCGAGCUGAUUGCGACAAAUGCCUGCGCAAGGUUCCGGGGCACUACAGCCAUAUCAUCCGCAAUUAA